UUUCGCUGACGGUGACGGUUGUGUCCGCGUGUCGUUGCGCGAGGAACGAAACGGGUGAACGUUUCCGUACCCGAACAACCUCGUCGAUAUCGGCCUGGAUCGCGACGACGAGUCAAAAAAAAAAAAAAAUCCUCCGUCGACGCUCGAACCGUCCCUCUGUCCACUCGGAGGAAGAGGACAUUGUCGAAGAGGACUUUGCGUCUUCGCCGUAGGUAAGCGUGCGGGCCCCUUGUUCGACGGGAUCCGUUCGCCAGCGAUCGAAGGAUCAUUUCGUCCAAGAGCGAGGGGGGAGGGCCAGCUCACGCGCUUUCGCUACCACGACGCGUAACGCCUUCGAUCGGUUGAUCGUUUCGCGGUCAAACUCGAAUCGAUUCAUGGGUGACAGACGACGAAUGAACCGAGAAGAGUGGGACACGAAGAAGACGAAGGAGAUCUUCCGAUGAGUUUCAUCCAAGCCACGGGCCACGGAGGUGACUCUUGACGCUCGAGGAAAGAUCAUCCUCAAGGAGACGCACAGAGAAACAGAGAGAAACGGUUCAGAGAACGCUGAAAUAGACGCAAUCAUCGAGAGUCAGUCAUCGAGAGUUCGCCAAGUUAUUGUUCUCGCGGCUCGUUAAACGAAUUGUUACUUGUUACUCGUUGUUCGUUUGUAGAUCUUGUUGUAAAUCUCGCGCGCCCACCCCGAGAACACCGCGAUAGAGGUGGAUCGUUUUACUCGGGACGAUUACUUCGGUCGCGUUAUUUUUCAAUCGAUCUACGGGCCAUCGUAGCGCGUUGGUGCGAACGUUCCGAAAUUUCGCCACCCCCGAAGCCUUGGUUAUUCGGGGGCUGUCAUCUCGAGGGAAGACGGAAACGCGCGCAAGCCGGAACGACCCCCUGUCGGCCGAUUCGAAUAAUUCGAGUCUCGUCGGUGGCAUCGAAGGCCGUAUCGCCAGUCUCGACCAAAUUCGUCGGCCGACCCGUCGAUUAAUUUUCCCUCUCUCCCCGUACCAGCCCGGGUGAAACCAAAGGGUGUCGAAUCUGGAUCCCCGAGGACAGUUGGAAGGUCUCGAGCGGAGAAGAGGAGGACGCGAUCGAAAUUCCCCAUCGAGGAUCGUCGGGAAGUGAUUCGAGCGGCGUCGACGCUCGUUUCCGCAUCGAUUGGAGAUAAUUCAAUGGAAGCGUUCUUCGGAAGAGGGUAAAGUGCGACGGGUGGGGGGGGGUGGUGGUGCAAACAAUAGAGGAAGGUGAAUUACCUGUUUGUGCGCGUAAGAGGGCGUCGAACUUGUUAACGGUUCGAGUCACCCUGGAAACGGUACAACGAAGCCUCGACGAGGACGACCUGGCAUUUUAACGGGGCGAGACGAAGGAUCGCGGGACAUCGAGUCGUGAAACGUAAUCAAAAGGGGGGCGAAACGAAUCAUGCGAUACGACUCGUUGAGGAACGCGUUAAGGGCACGACGCAACCAAGUUACGAAGGCGAAGGAGAACGCGAGCCGCUCGAUCGGCGACGAGAGCGUGGAGUCACUCGAUUAGGAGAAUCGAGAGUCGUCAGCGGUCGUGCACACACGUAUCAGGUGGCUGGGAGCCCGUGAUACCGAUCGCGAUUACGAUUCGACGAGACGCGGUUUACCGAAAAGAAGGAGAUCCAACCGAUCGAAGCCUUGCACGGCAAAGUUAUUCUCUUCCUCCUUUAGUUCGGUUGCCGGUGAACGAUCGAAUAUGGAAAUCGCAGCCUCUGCAAUGUUGGAUGGCCUGAAAAAUAAUCGAAUCAGCAAGUUGGCACUGUCGCGGUUCUUGUCGCAGAGUCUAUCCCUAGAAUAGUCGUCGAACCGAGAUUUGGAACCUUCAUGCGUUGCGCGGCCAUGAACGUGGCAUGAACACGAUCGAGCGGAAGUUCAUUUCUGGGUCGCGAUUGAAACGACGAGCGUGUCUUCGAUUUAAGAGAGAAGAGAACUACGCAUCUUGGAAGAGUGUGAGGGUGUGCGAGGCACGUUUUGCGUGCGCUCCGGCUCGUUUGAACGGACAAUUUGCUCGUUGACGGGAAUGUGAAACGCGGUUCUUCGCGAUAUUCGUGACUAAAGAGACUCUCGGAACGACAGAACCAUGUGGGCUGCAGUCACGAGGUCUUUGGAAAUACUGGUUGCCUUCUUCGAGUAUUACACCGCCAGAGCGCAAUUGGAGACAACUGGUAGUCCGGCGAACAAGACAGCGGGGCCGACAGGUGCCGGCGGUGUCGGCGGAAGUGGAGUUGUAGGAUCAAGCGCGGGAAGCGCAGGUGCUAGUGGAUCGACGUCGAGCGCAGCUCUAGGUGGCGGCAGCUCUGGAUCGGGGGUAGGCUCUGGAUCGGGAUCUGGAUCUGGAUCAGGCAUUGGAAGUGCAAACGCUGGAACCAGCGGCAUCGGCGCAGGCGCAAACGCGAUUUCCGGCAGUGGCGUGGGUGGCGCCGCCGCUGGAACGGGGGAGCCACGGACGCCAACCGCUGGUGCCCAAAACAAACAGCUGCAGAAUGUCAAAGGAGAUCACCCGUCGAAAGCUUUCCUACAAAGCAGAUCCAUGUCCUUGGUCGACAUGUACAUCGACAACUCGGAACCUAGCGAAAACGUUGGCCAAAUUCAUUUCAGCCUGGAAUACGACUUUCAGAAUACCACGCUCAUCCUUCGCAUUAUACAGGGUAAAGAUCUGCCGGCAAAGGAUUUGUCGGGGACGUCCGACCCUUACGUUCGCGUGACCCUUCUGCCAGACAAAAAGCAUCGACUGGAGACGAAGAUAAAAAGGCGCACGCUGAAUCCUCGAUGGAACGAGACGUUCUAUUUCGAAGGUUUCCCGAUUCAAAAGUUGCAGAGCAGAGUGCUGCAUUUACACGUGUUCGACUACGAUCGAUUCUCGAGGGACGAUUCCAUCGGGGAGAUGUUUCUGCCUCUCUGCCAGGUCGAUUUCUCGGAGAAACCUAACUUUUGGAAAGCUCUCAAGCCCCCGGCAAAGGACAAAUGCGGAGAGCUGUUGUGCUCGUUGUGCUACCACCCGAGCAAUUCCGUGCUGACUCUGACGCUUAUGAAAGCGAGGAAUUUGAAGGCGAAGGAUAUCAACGGGAAGUCAGAUCCCUACGUGAAAGUGUGGUUGCAAUUCGGCGACAAGAGGAUCGAGAAACGAAAGACCCCGAUAUUCAAGUGUACUCUGAACCCGGUCUUCAACGAAGCGUUCUCCUUCAACGUGCCCUGGGAAAAGAUUCGAGAGUGUUCGCUGGACGUAAUGGUAAUGGAUUUUGAUAACAUCGGCCGAAACGAGCUGAUCGGACGGAUUCAACUGGCAGGGAAAAACGGGAGCGGGGCGAGCGAAACGAAACAUUGGCAGGACAUGAUCACGAAGCCACGCCAGACGAUCGUUCAGUGGCAUCGACUCAAGCCUGAGUAAACGUUCGAGUGCGCGAUCCAUAUCUGUAUUUCGCGGGAGCGAAAUCGUCGAUCUAACUUAUACCAGUACCUCCCGAUCUCUCGAACCUGCUCGACUAAAUUGGUAUUCGGUUGUCUUCCGACGACGCGAAACCGAUCGUAACCAUUCUACGCGUCGUCGUUGGGUGUCGGCGCCGAUUCAGGCUUCGAAAGUCGCGAAUCGGCCAAAAUGACCGCGACCGUCGAUCGAGACGCCACGUUUCCCCUGUUCUUGGGUUUCCCUCGCGUCGCGCGUGGUCAGCCUGCGCGUAUCCACCAUUGUUGGGCAAACCACGAUCCACGAUUACGAUUAUCGAGCGAUCAGCGAUCACUAUUAUCGAUUAACAAAUAAUCAGACAGGGUUAACACCGUAUGGUUAUCAAUUGCUCGUUUCCGAUUGCAAAUUUCUUGCUAACAAUCGUGAGUAUCGCAAGUGUAAUCGCAAAGUGAUCACUGCCCAGCUCUGGUUCGCCCCCUUUUAGGUUAACCUUCCGCGCAGAAUGGAAAGAUCGAGCGUGGCUCCCUCUACUUUCCGACAAUACGACUCACAAACGCCACGCGGUCUCUCCCCGACGGGUCGAAGAGUCUCGCGAGGCGAUAUACGAUUUUCAUUUGAAUCCGCGUCGACGAUAUUCCCUUAUUACGACGUCACGGGCCGACGCUUUACAUAUUUCACUCCCCUCCCCAACCCUCCCCCCCCCCCGCACACACACACACACACACACUUUCGCCCCGACCUCCCCCCGACCAUCGAUACCCACUUGUUUUUCUUUUCGUUUCUUUUCUUCCUUCGUGCACGACAACGACUCAACGGGCGAACCGUAUUCGAAUUCACUUCUGACACGAACGAUAAACGAGAGCUCGUUUUCACGCGAGAUUGCGUGCCGCGGUCGUAUACGUACAACUUGAGCGGCCAUAGACGCUCGAUAAACGUGACCGAUCGAUGUUACUUUCGCGACUUUAUUGACAUUUACAUCGAACGUUAUUUUUAUGACUGUUUUGCACGCGUAAAUACGUACCUAGUACGUGAUACCGUUGCUUCGAGUAACCCGUUGACGCGAUCAAGCGUUUCCUAUGUCUCGUGUAUCCGGUGUCUUUCGAUUCCAGCGCCAACCGCCAGCCCCGAGCGGAGCGGAAGCGUCGCGAACUACCGUCUAGUCGAGUUCCGCGUUGCUCUUUUUCGCGUCGGCUCCCGCGGAUCACCGUUUGGUAAAACUUAACAAUUAUGGUUCCCUAGCGAUCAGUCGUCACUGGACGGUGGAUUCAAGGUACUCGUGUCUAUAUGGAAAACUUGCAUGGAACGUAUGCGUAGAAUGUACUCCAUGAAUCAUUUAAUAAUAUUAAUAGUUCAUUUUGCAUAGGUUUCCCAUUAUUAAGGGGAUAAAUGCGUAGAAUCUGCAGUCUAGUGAUCACGAUUAGAGAUUGAUAAAUAAUCAGUGAUGAUAAGUAUGGAAGAUUUCAAAGUAAUGCCUCGGAUAUUGAUAAACCUUGCUCGGAUUCGCGAACAGACGUUACCUUGACCACUAUCUAUGAAUCUCAUCCCGCUCUCUGUCGACCCAACCCCGGCUAGUGAUAACUCGCAAAUUUUUCAACACCAUCCAAGACGUUGACAAAUGUAUCUUCCAAUUGUUGAUUACCGAUUAAUCCGACAAUUGCCACUGAUCAUCCCGAAAGUAGUCGCAAAGCGAUCACGUGGCUGACGGUGCUGCAUAAAGCGGGUCGAUGCGGUCGAAUCGAUAAGAGGAGCUAUAAACGACAGCUGGGACUCGACAAUUCGGUACUUUUUCUGUUCGUUUACCACCCCCGAAUCCUCCAUAUCGAUUGACAUUCUCCGUUUCCACCGAUUCCCACCAAUCCCCAACCACCCCCGACCCCCACUGCCCCCCGUCAGUCUGCCACAUAUGCCCAAAGAUUGGACACGUGCUCGCACCGUUUGUCCUUGCUCCCGUACCCUCCCACCCCCACCCCCACCCCCCCGCGAACCACCCACUCUUUCUAGGUUUUUCUCAGCCCCCAAGCCCCUCCGGUUUCUUCGAAUCCCUCUCUUGUUAAUUUUCGACGAGCGAUCGGAACGGGACACCGGGACGUAAUGUUGAAUUCUUACUAGUAGAAAACGAUAAAGCAGUGAUAUUUUUGACGGAACUUUUGUAUCGACGAAGUCGGAGAUUUUUUGGAAGCGACGAAAAUUGUGAUCGGUGUUAUACCUUGAAUUAAUCUUAAGAGUUACACAUUCAAAUAGUUUGCUGUUGUUGACGAUAAAACGUAGAGCGAUCCCCGAUGAUCGAAUUCAGAUUUUUUGCAGCAAUUGCAGAUUUUCGCGAGUGCAUACGUGUAUACGUGAGAACGUGCGCGUAUUUACGCAUGGUUGGGUGUACGCGUACACGCGUAUACACGUGUACACUGUAUAUGUAUUUGCGCUCGGUGAGUGUGAGUGUGCGUGUUGCGUUUGCGUUU